AUGUGCAAAGCUUCGAAUUUCGAGCGAAAUAGUGGGGAAAAGAAUCUGGUUGUUCAUUCGUCUUCGCGCGCUGGAACUUCUAUUCUCAUCUUCAUCUCCGUAUUCAUCACGCAACUCGAGGAAGCUUUAGCGCCCAAAGCUUAUGUGUUCGACGUUUUUAUAACCUAUCAAUUUGUCAACGAACCGUGUCUAUGUAUCGUUUAA